CGUAAUGAUAUCUGAGUUUGAGACCAAUAAUUAUCCAAUCCAAUUAUAUGAUAUACAGAUGCCAAUGACUUCAUAAUAGCAAUUCGAAAAUUUAAAUUCGAAUGAGGUAUCAGCUCGAAAAUUGAGAGUGAGCUCUUAAUGUUUAAUUUUAAAAAAGUAUAAGAAAUGGUUAUAAACUUCUAGAAAAAUAAAACAUAAGUAAAAAAGACCGUCAUUAUUAAAAAUUGAUGAAACAGCAAGGGAUAUUAAAAUUUACAGUUUGGGUAUUAGUUCAAACAAUUUAGAGUGUAUAAACGAAGACCAAAUAUAAAUUAAGGACUGACCUAUUAUUAAUAAAGAAAAUUUUGAG